AUGCGCUUCACCCCGGUCGUCGCCCUCCUCCCAGCGCUCGCUGUGGCUCAGGAGCAGGUUCCCCUUGCGGACCGUGUCCAGGGCUGGUUCAACAAGGCCAAGUCCUACUUGCCUACUGCCACCCCGGUCGCCCCCGCCGCUGCCGUUGUUGAGAAGGUCGUCGAGAAGACCAAGAUCCAGGAGAAGACCGUCUCCGAGUUCAACUUGACCAACUGGCAGUCCUACCUGGAGCCCGCUUCGGAGCCCCAGGACUGGUUGGUCUACAUUACCGGAGGAAACAAGACUUGCUUCGGUCGCUGUGACAAGGCAGACAAAGCGUUCAAUGAAUCCGUGCUUCUCUUCUCCGCCGAUCCUACCUCCCCUAACCUCGGUAAGCUGGACUGCGAAGAGAACAAGGUUCUUUGCUCUGCUUGGGGUGCCGGUGCUCCUUCGGUCUGGUUCCUCCAGGUGCCCCAGGCCCAGCUUGGUGAGGAGCGCCCCAACACUCCCCUCCACACUGUCUACCUGAACUCGACCACCGUGACCCCGGAGACCAUCUACAAGGUCCACUCUGAGAAGGUCUGGGAGAAGGCCCCUGCCUACGACGGUCCUCUUCACCCCACGGACGGCUGGCUCGCUCAGAACAACCUUCUGCUCCCUCUUGGAUACGUCAUCUACGGCUUCAGUGCCAUCCCCAGCUGGCUUUUCAUGAUCGGCAUCAGCUUCUUCAGCCGUACCUUCAUGAGCCGUCGCCUUGGAAACGUCGGCGGCGCCCCCGCUCCUCGUCCGAACUAG